CAGAAACUGGAAAAGUGGUACAACCACUUGAAAGCCAAGUCAAUCCGAUCGCUUCGCGAUCUUCACAAAGAAUAUUAUUUCCGCGUCGGCUAAGGAGGACGUGUUUUCAUUUAAUUCAGAGAGUAAACAUGAAACUCACGUUAGCUCUGAGUCUAGUUUUAUUGGUGUUCCUUUGCCAAAACGUUGGGGGCAAGAAAUCACACAAGCCUGCUGAUUUAGAUGACAAUGAAUUUGCAGAGUUUGAAGAUUUUGAUGAUGAGGGAGUUCUUUCUUCAGCAGAGCAAGAGGCAACUGUUGAAGAAGAAGCCGACUUCCCUUCUGAGUCAGAUGACAUUGUGAAAACCCAGGCAAAGAAAGACGACGACAAUGAGGAAGAAGAAGAUGAAGGCGUGGUAGAGAACGAUGACGAUGAGUUCGAGCACUUUACUGACGAAGAUGAGUUUGAAGGAUUUGACAAGGAAUCUCGUCCAGGCAAAGGAAAGUCCCAUGAAGUUCCUGAUCUCAAAAUAGCAAAGGUCCCGAUACACCUACGGACAAAUUGGGACAGUUUCUACCUGGAAAUGUUGAUGCUGGCUGGGCUGGGCGUGUACUUCCUCAACUUUCUUGCGGGUAAAACCAAGAACGGAAAACUUGCUCAAGCCUGGAUGUCAUCACACAGGAGUAUUUUGGAGGAAAACUUUGCGAUUAUUGGGGAUGACGGCCUGUCCAAGGAGGCCAAGGGCACCGGUGUAUUCAACAAGGAGUCAGAGAAUGUUUACACUCUUUGGUGUAGCGGGCGCACAUGUGUGGAGGGAAUGCUCGUGGAACUACGGCUGCUCAAGCGCCAGGAUCUCAUCAACGUGAUGACCACCAUCAUGAAACCUGCCUCGGAUCAAAUUAUAGUGAAGGUAACCAUGGAUGCAAGCAGCAUGGAUAAGUUCUGCUUCUGUAUCGGCCAGAAGAAAGUCAUGGCCAAGCUUCUCAAGGAGCAGCCUGAUCUGGGUCAGUUCACAGAGAAGAAGGCAGUUGAAAACUAUAACCUACCAGAGUCUUUCCAGUUACAGAGUGAAAUAGGGGAGGCCACCUCCAUCGUCCUGGACAAGAAGGUGUGUGCCUACCUGGAGAAGUAUGAACAGCAGAUCGAGUACAUCCACAUAUCUGAUCAGUACUCAGGGGCCAAGAGCCAGUAUGAUGAAAACCAGUCCAAGAUGCCAGAUGUGAGGCCUUCCCUGGUGUUCUGUUUCAACGUGCCCGGGAAAGGCAAAACAAAGACGUCGGACGUUGAUGGCAUGUUGCCCCUGAUGAAGCUGGUCUUCUACUGUGUGGACAAGGUCGGCAGAUUGGCGCUGUCUAAGGAGAAGCGGCUAAAGGCUGAGAAAAACCGUGCCAAGGCUGCGGAGGGCUACCUAAAGGCGGCGCACUCUCAGCUCCAGGAGGCGGCGCAGCUACGCCGAGAAGAGAAACGGCGCCUUGCCAAGGAAAAGAUCAUGAACGAGGAGGACCCUGAGAAGGCCAGGAAGUGGGAGGAGCGUGAAAGCAAACGGGACAUGAAGAAGAAGCAAGCCAAGACCAAGAUGAUGAAGGUCAAGGGCAUGUAGAAAGGUCAAGGUCAUCAUGGAUACUGGUCAAGGUCAUUGGUGUGGAUACCAUGAAAAUGAAAGACGAUGAAUGAACAGGGUUUUGUGAAUGAAGGUGAUAUUGAAUGUUGCAGAUUGUUUACAUGUUUAUGGGUGAUGAUUCUGGUCAAAAACAGGUCAAGCAUGUAAACCAUGCUUGGUGUACAUAUUUCAUAUUCCUUUGGUAUGGAAUUAUGACCCAACAAGUAAAUUUACGUGUCAGACUUUUUUCUACACAAAAUAAAACAACAACAACUGUGUAUAUACCAGAGCAAAUAAGGGUUGAAAAUCACAGAAGAACAGAAACAAGUGCAUUGAUUUAAAAAAGACUUAAAACAUAUUUUUAUACUGAUAAAAUAAACAUAAUUGUACAAGUUUACAAAUAAAUAUUUGCAUUUGUGAAUUCAUUGUUGCGUAGGCAGUUUACAUGCGUAUACAUGUUGCUUAAAUUUAAAUCAUAACAUUUCAAUAAACCAAAAGAGCUUUUUUUAGCUUUCAAAUAGAUUAAUUACUAGAACUUCACAUAUUUUAGUAGAACUGCACUGAUAUUUUAUACAUUACCAGUGUAUUGAUCAUUGUUAUGUACACAGAAAAUAAUUUGUUAUCAACAUUUUUGUAAAAUGCAAUUUUUUAUUAUUUUUAACUAGGUAUUGAGAAUUUCAAAGGCGAAUUCGUAGCUUGUAUAUGUGUACCAGAAAUGUUUUUGUAUCACGUUCACUUUAAUUACAUUUCAUUAAUUUCAUUUUCUUGUAUUAAAAAUGGAGCAUUAUCCACUGAUACUUUACCUUGCAUAUAUAUUUAUCUGGCAUUUAAUUGGCAGACAACUUGUAUAAAUGUUUAAUAUAAAUGGAUGUGCAUAUGUGUUUGUUUAUACAAUUUAACUAAAUGAAUGUAGUGUUGUAUGUGUAUGAUUAUUAUUUUGUUUUUAAAAUAUCACAUUAUAAAUCAUGUAACCAUUUAUUUAGAAAGUGGUUUCAUUUUACAUUUUAUACCCCUUGUGCACCAUUCAUUACAUCUGACAUCAAUGUUAUUUUACACACCCAGUUUUGAUACAUGCUGCAUAGGUUACUAUAAACAUGCAUUGUCUGAAACUAAUGUAAAUUUAGUGUAAAUUCUUGCAUCUUUUGACAGUGAAAUAUUAUAUCCAUAAAUAUCAAGUUAUCAACUAACUGUUCUGAUUAUUUAAGUUGAAGCUUUAAAAUAACAAUAAAAUCACUCAGCAAAUAUUGAUAUAAUAAAAAUUGCUUAUCAGUAAUUAUUAUACUUGAUUGUUUGUUUAUUCAGAGAAAUUUUAAUACAUAAUUGUUUGUUUAUUCAGAGAAAUUUAGUAUUAAAUAAAAUACCUUUUAUUUAUGUUUAUUUAUCUCCUAAUUACUUAGAUAUUUCUUAAUAUUAUGUAGAUGUCUCAGUUUAAACAAACAUUUUUCAAGAUAAAAUGUCUUCUGAAAAACACAAGGCUCUUUCAGCUUAUGUACAAACAAUACAGGCUUUCAGAAAAGACAUAUUAUUUAUGUUAACAAUUGAUGUAUAUUCAGAAACAUUCGUUACUUUGUAUAUUUUACCCGGUAUACAUAUGCAUUUUUGUACCUAUAUCAUCCUUGUUUUAUCCCGGAUCAAGUUGAAUGAAAAGUUUAACAUGA